UCUGUCCUUUCGAUACAAAAGCAGCAGCCUGGCUUACCGGAGAGAACAGGAUCCUUUGCCGACGGUCGACAUCCCCGCCUUGUCCGAAUCAUCGCAAGUGGUUUGUUAUCGCGAUGGCCCGUCUCGAAGCCGCGCGGGGAAGACAGCCACGACUGGUUAUCGCCAUCUGCUUUUGCCGGCCAUUGACACUCUCUGAUAACCAAGUGGAUCCAUCAGCGCAAGAUUAUCAGAGGGCUGCCCCAUCCAUAGGGCCCCCGACUCCCAAUGACCCCCAUCCGUGCAAUGCUUGCUUAAACUCGGCGUUUCUCUGCGUGACGGAAUGCAACCCGAGGAGGGGUCCUUAUCUGCAGACCUAUGAUAACGGCGACAAGAGGUUGGAUCAUCUACCUAGUAUGGAUGUGCACACGCUGAUAGCAGACGGAAUUGUUCCAUGGUGCCACAAGCGGGGAGGGGGCCUCUCGAACGCAGUCAAUAAUGCUACUGAACCGGCUUCUGCGAGGGUUGACAUGUACGCUGCACGCUGAUUCGGUCGCCGUCGGAAAGCUUCCUCGACAACAGCCAGACUUUAAUAGUCCCGGCUGCCCGCAGGGAGGGAGCAGACCUCAUCUC